GUCUCUCCGUCUCCGUCGCGUCGCGCUGUCGUUCGGUCGUAGCGGCCGCUCCGGGCGCCUGAAGGAGACUUGGAGACACCUGGGCCACCUUGCUUGGGUCGCUGGGAGUCGCCGCUGCCGCCGCCGCCCGUCUUCCGUCGUAACUGCUAGCACUCCAUGAGGAAGAUGCUCGCCGCCGUCUCCCGCGUGUUGUCGGGCGUCGCCCAGAAGCCGGCAAGCAGAGUGCUGGUGGCAUCCCGUAAUUUUGCAAACGAUGCUACAUUUGAAAUUAAGAAAUGCGAUCUUCACCGGCUGGAAGAGGGCCCUCCUGUCACUACGGUGCUCACCAGGGAGGACGGGCUCAAAUACUACCGAAUGAUGCAGACUGUGCGCCGAAUGGAGUUAAAGGCAGAUCAGCUGUAUAAACAGAAAAUUAUUCGUGGUUUCUGUCACCUGUGUGAUGGUCAGGAAGCUUGUUGUGUGGGCCUGGAGGCUGGAAUAAACCCCACAGACCAUCUGAUCACAGCCUACCGGGCUCAUGGCUUUACCUUUACUCGUGGGCUUUCUGUCCGAGAAAUUCUCGCAGAACUUACAGGACGAAGAGGAGGUUGUGCUAAAGGAAAAGGAGGAUCAAUGCAUAUGUAUGCCAAGAACUUCUACGGGGGCAAUGGCAUUGUGGGAGCUCAGGUGCCCUUGGGAGCUGGGAUUGCUCUGGCCUGUAAGUAUAAUGGAAAAGAUGAGGUCUGUUUGACUUUGUAUGGCGAUGGUGCUGCUAAUCAGGGUCAGAUAUUCGAAGCUUACAACAUGGCAGCUUUGUGGAAGUUGCCUUGUAUUUUCAUCUGUGAGAAUAACCGCUAUGGAAUGGGAACAUCUGUGGAGAGGGCAGCAGCCAGCACUGAUUACUACAAGAGAGGCGACUUCAUUCCUGGGCUGAGGGUAGAUGGAAUGGAUAUCCUGUGUGUCCGAGAGGCCACGAGGUUUGCAGCUGCCUAUUGUAGAUCUGGAAAGGGGCCCAUACUGAUGGAGCUGCAGACUUACCGUUACCACGGACACAGCAUGAGUGAUCCCGGAGUCAGUUAUCGUACACGAGAAGAAAUACAGGAAGUAAGAAGUAAGAGUGACCCUAUCAUGCUUCUCAAGGAUAGGAUGGUGAACAGCAGUCUUGCCAGUGUUGAAGAAUUAAAGGAAAUUGAUGUUGAAGUGAGGAAAGAAAUUGAGGAUGCUGCCCAGUUUGCUACAGCCGAUCCUGAACCACCUUUGGAAGAACUCGGCUAUCACAUCUACUGCAGUGAUCCGCCUUUUGAAGUCCGGGGUGCAAACCAGUGGAUCAAGUUUAAAUCCAUCAGUUAAAUGGGGAAUGGUUUCUAUCCAUCGGUGGGCUAUUUGGCAGCAACUGUAAGGAAUGCUUUCUUUGUGUUCUCAAGUUUGUUAUGGAGGAAAAACUCAUAGGAAGAAAGUGUGUAGAUUAACAUAGUCAUUGCAUGUGGUUUGUACAGUGUUGCAUUAAAAAAUGUUAUUGCACACUUAA